GAGGUCUUGGUAGCGUUACUGCUGGUUACACUUCAUCGGUCUUAAUUCGAUGCUCCCUCUUCUCCUUUUCUCCAAAAGCGCGGAACGAUUCAUGUUGAAUCGACUGUAAGUCAAUGUAUCCUAGAACGCCUCUCAGCAACCUCCGUAAACUGAACUCAAUCUCUUCUCUCACAUUUAAAUUGUCAACUCUCCCGAAAGCAACAAAAGAGAUAAACCGAAAGAUUCAGGUUGAGUUAACUCCAGAGCAUCAUAUAUACAACGAUCUCCUGAAAGCCUGCUUGCAAGAAUGCAAACUAGUUCAAUCUCACGGAGAAACGCCUCAUUUACAAGCUCAGUCGUUGAGAAAAAGUAAAACUAUACAUGCCCAGGUUCUGAAAAUCGGGUUUGGAUUGAAGGGGAAACUGGGAAACUUCCUUGUUGAUUUGUAUUCUAAAUGUGGAGAUUUGGACCUUGCGCGUAAGACUUUUUGUAGACUUGAUGAGAGAGAUGGGUCAGCUUGGAACUCAAUGCUAUCUCUGUAUUCAGGGUGCGGGUUGCUCGAAGAUGUUAUCUGGGCUUUUGGGUCAAUGAGGAAUUGCAGGACGCAACCAAAUGAGUUCACUUUUUCUAUAGUUUUGUCAGCUUGCGGUAGAUUGAGGGCUGUUGGUUUUGGAAAACAGGUUCACUGCGAUGUUAUUAAGAUGGGAUUCGAGUCAAUUUCUUCGUGUGAGGGUUCUUUGAUCAGCAUGUAUGCUAAAUGUGAUUGUAUCAUUGAUGCUUGGAAAAUAUUUGAUAGGGCUUCAGAUCCUGAUACUAUUUCUUGGACAGCCAUGAUUGCUGGUUAUGCUCGGUUUGGUUUGCCGGAUGAAGCACUGAAACUGUUCAAGGAAAUGCAACAAUUAGGUCGUGAACCGGACCAGGUAACAUUUGGAACUGUGUUAACUGCAUGUUUUAGUUUAGGUAGGCACAGUGAUGCGCGCUGUUUAUUUGCCCAAAUGCCAAACCCCAAUGUUGUAGCAUGGAACAUCAUGAUCUCGAAGCAUGCCCAGAGUGGUUACAAUGUGGAAGCCAUUAAUUUUUUCGAAGAUAUGCGGGCAUCUGGGGUUAAACCCACAAGAUCCACUUUAGGUAGUGUUUUAAGUGCCAUUGCAAGCCUAGGGGCUCUUACUCAGGGUCAGCAAGUUCAUUCCGAGGCAAUCAGGCUGGGACUAGAUUCUAAUGUUUAUGUUGGAAGUUCUCUGAUCAAUAUGUAUGUUGAAAGUCAGAACAUGGAAGAUGCAAGCAAUGUAUUUGCUACAGUUACCGAGAGAAAUAUUGUAUUGUGGAAUGCAAUACUUAAAGGUUAUGCACACAAUGGGCAGUCCUAUCAUGUCUUGGAUUUGGUCUCUGAUAUGAAGGAUUGUGGCAUCCAACCUGAUGAAUUUACCUACACUAGUGUUCUCAAAGCAUGUGCCUGCUUGGAGAGUUUAGAUAUGGGUAGGCAACUACAUUCUUCUGUAAUCAAGAUCAACUUGGAUUUAAGUGUUUUUGUGGGAAAUGCUCUUGUUGACAUGUAUGCUAAAUCUGGGGAUCUCAAGGAUGCAAGGCAACAAUUUGAGAUCAUUCAAGAUCGAGAUAAUGUUUCUUGGAACGCUAUCAUUGUUGGUUAUGGUCAUGAAGAAGAUGAGGAAGAGGCUUUGAUCAUGUUCCAAAGGAUGAUCUUAAAUGGAUUCGUGCCAGAUGAAUAUGCUUUGUCCAGUAUACUAAGUACUUGUGCAAGGCUUCAAGCUCUUGAACAAGGACAGCAAGUGCAUUGUUUCUCAGUCAAGUCUGGUCUUGACUUUAAGCUCUAUGCUGGGAGUUCCCUGAUUGACAUGUAUGCAAAAUGUGGGGCCAUUGAGGCUUCAACUAGGAUACUCUCUCAGAUGCCUGAGCAAAGUGAGGUCUCUAGGAAUGCUCUAAUUGCUGGGUACAUCCAAAACAACCAGAUGGAUGAAGCAGUGCAUCUGUUUCAAGACAUGCAAAUGGCAGGACUGAAACCAACCAAAAUUACCUUUGCAAGCAUUCUACCUGCAUGUGGUGGAACUUCCAGAUUGAAUAUGGGAAGACAGAUACACUGUUAUACAAUAAAAUCUGGCCUUUUACAAGGUGAUAUCUUUUUGGGGGUGCCACUAUUGGGCAUGUACCUGAAUUUCCUAUCCAUUGAAGAUGCAAAUAAGCUGUUCUUGGAGUUUCCUGAUAAGAACUCAGUACUAUGGACUGCUAUUAUUUCAGGACAUGCUCAGAAUGAUUACAGUGAGGAGGCUUUGUGGUUGUUCAAGGAAAUGCAUAGUGGCAAUGUUCCACCGGACCAAGCCACUUUUGCUAGUGUGCUCAGAGCUUGUGCUUGCUCAGCUGCAUUGAAAGAUGGCAGAGAGGUCCAUUGUCUCAUUAUUCGAAGUGGCUUCAACUCAGACGAGUCCACAAGUAGCGCCCUUGUAGACAUGUAUGCCAAAUGUGGGGAUAUGAGAAGUUCUAUGCAAAUUUUUGAAGAAAUGGACAAUAGGCAAGAUGUUAUUUCUUGGAACUCAAUGAUUGUUGGAUUUGCAAAGAAUGGAUAUGCAGAGGAUGCACUUCAAAUUUUUGACCGAAUGAAACAUGCACUUGUAAAGCCUGAUGAUAUCACAUUUAUUGGUAUUCUUACUGCAUGUAGUCAUGCGGGGCUGGUAUCUGAAGGUUGUAGGUUCUUUGAUAUUAUGGUCAACUAUUAUGAAAUUCAACCGAGAGUUGAUCACUAUGCCUGUAUGGUCGAUCUCCUUGGCCGUGGUGGCCAUCUCAAAGAAGCAGAAGAGUUUAUUGACGGAUUACCAUUUCAACCUGAUGCUGUAAUUUGGGCUACAUUUCUUGCUGCAUGCAGAAUACAUGGGGACAAUGUACGAGGUCAACGAGCAGCUGAAAGACUCAUUGAACUGGAACCUCAAAAUUCCUCACCUUAUGUGCUGCUUUCUAAUAUAUAUGCUGCAGCUGGGGACUGGAAUGGGGUGAAUACAAUAAGGAAGGCAAUGAAAGAAAGAGGAGUGAAGAAGCUGCCUGGAUGUAGCUGGAUUGUAGUGAGAAAAAAGACCAACUUAUUUGUUGCAGGGGACAAAUUUCAUCCUAAUGCAGGUGAAAUUGAUGAAGUUUUGAAGGAUUUGACUGCACUAAUGAAAGAAGAUGGUUAUGUUGCAAGAAUUGAUCCUGUUUUGCAAGAUGAAGAUUGAAUGACUCUUCUACACUCUUGCAUUUUGGUGUGGAAUUCUGUUUGAUCUGAGACUCUAAGUUGUUGUCUAGUUGGCUUGAGCAGAAUGAGGUACAUCCAGGGGUAGUAGUCAACUAGUCAUAUAAACUUGACAGAAAGUGAUGGAUACUGGGUAAAAAUGAUGUUUACAGGUGCUGAGCUGCAUCAAUUGGACCCCUCGAUUCUUUUUCCUUUCCACCUAUAUACAUGACUGUCAUUAUUCCAUAAACUCUUGCAGUCUAUGGUUUUUCAUUCCUGUUCCUUUUGGGAGGUUAGAAGCUCCAAAGGCUAAGACACUGUUUGGAAGAUUGAAAGACCGAAUUUUAGGAAGCUUCAAACGAAGCUUUUGGUCCUUUGAAGGUCCAUCAUCUUUGAAAAUUUGGUGCUUUGGCUAUCAAAUUCAUGUGCUAAAGUUACACAUGAUUUCAAACUUGAGUCUAAAGCUCAUCUUCUUCUCCCCAUUUUCAUUGUGUUCAACGUCUAUCACAGCAGAGAGGAAA